UCGCCGGCUCCUCCCCCGCCGCCCGCCACCCGCCCGGGAUCAGUCGCCGCACGCGGUUCCGCAGGUGGCAGCGAUGGCCCAGUCCUGAACUCCCCGCCAUGGCCCGCGCCCCCGGCCCGCUGCUCCUCGCGCUCCUGCUGCUCGGGAUGCUGGGCAGGGCCGGCCCCCGCCCCCAGGGUGCCACUGUGUCCCUCUGGGAGACGGUGCAGAAAUGGCGAGAAUACCGACGCCAGUGCCAGCGCUCCCUGACUGAGGAUCCACCUCCUGCCACAGACUUGUUCUGCAACCGGACCUUCGAUGAAUACGCCUGCUGGCCAGAUGGGGAGCCAGGCUCAUUCGUGAAUGUCAGCUGCCCCUGGUACCUGCCCUGGGCCAGCAGUGUGCCGCAGGGCCACGUGUACCGGUUCUGCACAGCUGAAGGCCUCUGGCUGCAGAAGGACAACUCCAGCCUGCCCUGGAGGGACUUGUCGGAGUGCGAGGAGUCCAAGCGAGGGGAGAGAAGCUCCCCGGAGGAGCAGCUCCUGUCCCUCUACAUCAUCUACACGGUGGGCUACGCACUCUCCUUCUCUGCUCUGGUUAUCGCCUCUGCAAUCCUCCUCGGCUUCAGACACCUGCACUGCACCCGGAACUACAUCCACCUGAACCUGUUUGCAUCCUUCAUCCUGCGAGCAUUGUCCGUCUUCAUCAAGGACGCAGCCCUGAAGUGGAUGUAUAGCACGGCCGCCCAGCAGCACCAGUGGGAUGGGCUCCUCUCCUACCAGGACUCUCUGGGCUGCCGGCUGGUGUUUCUGCUCAUGCAGUACUGUGUGGCGGCCAACUACUACUGGCUCUUGGUGGAGGGCGUGUACUUGUACACACUGCUGGCCUUCUCGGUCUUCUCUGAGCAACGGAUCUUCAGGCUCUAUGUGAGCAUAGGCUGGGGUGUUCCCCUGCUGUUUGUUGUCCCCUGGGGCAUUGUCAAGUACCUCUAUGAGGACGAGGGCUGCUGGACCAGGAACUCCAACAUGAACUACUGGCUCAUUAUCCGGCUGCCCAUUCUCUUUGCCAUUGGGGUGAACUUCCUCAUCUUUGUUCGGGUCAUCUGCAUUGUGGUAUCCAAACUGAAGGCCAAUCUCAUGUGCAAGACAGACAUCAAAUGCAGACUUGCCAAGUCCACGCUGACACUCAUCCCCCUGCUGGGGACUCAUGAGGUCAUCUUUGCCUUUGUGAUGGACGAGCAUGCCCGGGGGGCCCUGCGCUUCAUCAAGCUGUUCACAGAGCUCUCCUUCACCUCCUUCCAGGGGCUGAUGGUGGCCAUCUUAUACUGCUUUGUCAACAAUGAGCCCUACUAGCAGACACGUGUGCUUGGCUUCCCCGCCACCAUUGUGAAGAGUCUCCUCUGACCCCUGGCUCCACUGCCUCUCCAGAUUCCAUCCUUCCAAGCCCAGUCAUCUCAUCACCUCCCUCCUCAUGCACCACCUAUGGCUGGCCUGCCUUUGUAAGGGAAUAGUACUUCUUUGCCCUUGGAAAAGAACUUGAUCCUGAAUCACCAGAGUUGCGCCUCACUGACCAGGCCUGGCUACAGACCCCAGCUAGCAUCUCCCCAUUGAUCUUCCAGGCUUGUGCCGUGGGGUCCAGGAGACGAACCUGUCUCCCUUCAGAGCACCACCCAGUUCCUUUAAACCCACCCUGAGACUCCUCAUGCCCUGGCUGCUCCAGGCACAAGGACAGAUACAUCAUUGUCACUGGGCCACAAAAGACACAUGUGGCUCUGGGGCUGAGGCCUCUGUCCACAAGAGCUGUUCUGCAGACCCAGGGUUGCCACGGCAAUGCCAGGUACUUGUGACCUGAGGAGAAAAGAUGGCUUGAAUAUUGGUUCUGUGUGGCUGCCAAGGCCUGCACCAGCUGCUGGUGGGCGGGAGUGGGGACAGAGAGGGGGAGGCCCGAAGGUGGUUUUGCUGCAGCUUGUGCCUGAGAGCCACAGUGAGGUGACUCAGAGCCCUGAGUGCUGGUCCUGGCCCUGCCACUGCCAAGCUGUGUGAUCUGGGGCAAGACAUUUUGCCUCCCUUGCCUCUGUCUCCCCAGCUGUAAAUGAAGGUGAAUGAGCUUCCCAGUUCACCCCAAAUCCUGAGGCUGGCAUGGUGCCUGCUGGAAAGGGCGGUCAGGAGGGGUGUGCUGCACUGCAGAGGUCGAGGGCAGGGAUUAAAAUCCGAUGGUGGAGGAGGAAGUGUGGUGGCCCAAGUGCCAGCCCGGGUGCUCUGGAUCUGUGGUGUUGUCUUUGUGGGUUCAUUUUCAUAGCUGAGGAACAGAAGGAACCUGAUGUGAGAUGCUCAUCUAUUUAUGUGUUCAUUUAUUUGGCUCAUUUAAAACACAUGUAUUGAGCACCUGCUGUAUGCUGGGCACUGUGCUAGGUUCAAGGAUGCUGAGAUGAAGAAGAUGUGGUCCCAGCCCUCGAGGUGCUCCCAGGUGAGGGGGGAGGAGAUGGACCAGGGACAAGCAGGACCGCAAGAGCCAAGCAGGCAGGAGGCCAGGGGUUAGGAGCCGGGCACUGGAAUCAGGCCAGAUCUAGGUUCAAAUCCUGGCUGAGCGACCUGAGGAAAUAAACACCUGCACCUCAGUUUCCUCAUCUUUAAAUGUGGAGCUACUUUGCAGGGUUGAUGUGGAAGUUAACUAAGAUAAUCAAUGGAAGAUUCUGUGCAUACAGUAAGUGCCCAAUAAAUAUGGUGAUUUUCAAGGACAAUUGUGAUUACAGGGGUCACAGCAGAGGUUCAGGAAAAGUGCUGAGGGAGAUGGGGGCAGAAGGAGACACCGUGUGUCAGCACCCUGAGAAGUCCCAUAGGUGUCCCUGAAACCUCUUUGGUCUCUGGUUUCCUGGAGGUGUGCCUCAGUUUACCAUCUUUCCCCCCUUCUCCAGUGGAAGGGCUAUGAAACAAGCCUGGCCUCCUGGCAGCUGCACAAGUUGGGGCCACCACUGGACUCAGGGCCCCCAUCCCAGCUGUCAGCCUGCGCUCCCUUCACAAAGACUCAGCCGGGCAGGGAGCUGGCAUACAACAGGGUGGCUGUAGGUGGUGUCUGCUCAGACUCCUUCCCUCCCCUACUCAAGCUUGGGUUCAUGACGCUGCAUGGGACACUGGCGUCAUCCUGGCAGGCAGCCUCUGGGCCAUCUCAACUCUACUCAGUGCAGAAAAUGUUCUUUUAAGGGAUGGCAUGCAGCCAUACCAGGCGUCUUGCUGGGCAUAGCUGGAUGGAUGACAAAGGAUGAGGAGAGGAGGGUUGUUUGCACAAGGGCUGGUGGGGAGAUUGGCCCCUUAUCCACAGCUGCUGGCAUCUGGCUGUCUUGCUGACUUGGCCUAAAGGGAAGGGCGCAGACCCCAGACACUCCGGUGUAGGAAUGGUGGGGACUUCAGAGAAGCUCUGGAAAGCAAAUUUAUGGGAACAUCACCCAGAAGAGCAGUCCAGACCCCCCCAGGACUAGCUUGGCAGGUUGCAGCUAGGCCUCUCCAGGGACCAGAAUCACUGGCCACCACAGGGAGCCACAGCAUUGCCACAGACCCUCAAGGGAUGGGGGCUCCACAGUGUUACUUGGAUUUGUCUCUUUCUGCCCCAACAAUCUGGCCCCCAAGCAUCAGCCCUCCUGAGAGACUUUUCCUGAUGGGGAGGCCAGAGCCCAGCACAACAGGGAUCCCGGCUGACUGAGCUCCCCUGGGCUGCACCCGCAUGGUCACUGCAGAGUCUCUCUGGAUGGCAUCAGUUGAGAAGCCCUCAUUGGCUGCCCCUUCCUCCCUGCUGUUGCUCAUCUCAGCUGCAUUCCUUCCUUCCCUCCCUCCUCCCCUGUGAGGUGCUGGGGCCUGGAGGGAAGCCCUCAGGGAGUUUAGAAGGGUCUGCUGUGGACACCAGGAAGGCUGGGGGUUGCCGUCCCCCUUCUCAAUCAUCCAAGCUGAAACUGGGAUGUGCGCUGUAAAGACGGAGUCUCUCUUCUCUCUCCCAUCUCCUGUCUCCUUGCGUUUCACCCUCCCUCUCAUUCUCUUCCGUUAAAUAAUACUGUGAUGGAUUGUAAAAGGUACUUAGCUGAAUCACAGAGUUUAGAGAUGGAAAAGACCAAUUAGGUCAUCAAGCUGAUCUCUCUCCUGAGGAGAUGCAGAAAAUAGGAGACAACAAUAAACAAUUUUAUUGGGAUAUUAA